UCUUCUGCCCUCAGGCCAAUCCGCAAACAUGUCCGCACGUGUCUACUUGCUUGUCCUGGUGUCCUCGGUGUGCCUCUUGGCGGCCGCCGACGAUCCCUACGGGGUGCCCAUCCCCAUCCUGAAGGACGACCGGACGCAGGACGCCUACGGAGGCUACACCUUCGACUUCGAGUCCGGCAACGGCAUCGUCCGACAGGAGUCCGGGAAGGAGAGCGACGGACAGGCGAAGGAGGGAGGCUGGAGGUACAUCUCCCCCGAGGGCGUCCCCGUCGAGAUCGUCUUCGUGGCCGACCAGGGGGGGUUCCAGCCCCAGGGGGCGGUCAUCCCCGUGGCCCCCCCGCUCCCCUACCAGAGAUCCGGCAAUUAACAACCCAACAAGCACGGUAGCGAAUGUAGGGUAAACGAUCAAAAAAGAAAAUAAUCAAGAAUGAAAAUGGAAACGAGGAAUCCUAAAUUCUAAACCGAUUUUGAUGUCACCGCCUGAAGAGGUUCCAGGUUCUACUCGAAACGGUGCUGAUUGAUUUACUUUUUUAAUCAUAUUUUUCCUUUAUUUUGGCAGCAUUUUCUUUCUUUCAACUCUACAUUCAAUCUAUUCCGAAACUGCUGAACAAAAAUCCUAGCGCCUCAGCCAAAUACUUUUUAUGCCCAAUAUCGGGAAACGUUAUUCUUAAUUUCCGCAACUCAAUAUUUUCACUUUGGUUGCCAUAAUUAAGAAUAAUUUGCACAAGAACAGUCACUAACGCUUUAUUCGUUGCAUUUCCACCGCCUAAAAUGCUUGAUUUUGCUAAAUUUAUCUAUUCCUUUCUUUUUACUCUUGAUUAUCAGUUCUAGUCAGUGUCUGCUUGCGUCCUCUGCACGCCCGCUUUCCUUUGCUUGUGCUGCCUCGCCAUGAUUUUCCUUACCUUUCUGAAAGGAUCAUUUGAGCCUAUUUUGAGGUUAUUCCGAGAAAUAUUUUUUGUUUAACUUGUUGUAUGUGAUGUUACUCUUUUGUGAAGGAGCAAAUUCGAAAUUGGAAUUGCAAUCGUUGUCAUAUAAAUAAAUUGUUCUAUCCGAAAA